UAGUCGAGACGCGGCCACUUGUCAUUCUUCUCUUUUUAUGCACGUUGGUCGACCCGAUGUCGUCUGUCACUCACUACUCGAUUCCUGAAGAGAUGGAGGAAGGUUCAGUCGUUGCUAAUUUGGCGGCCGAUUUGGGUUUAGAAGUGCAGACGCUCAACAAGAGGAAAAUGCGCAUCGAUGGUGCAGCAAAUAAAAAAUAUCUAGACAUCAACAAAGACACGGGAGAGCUCUUUAUUUUGGAGAGAAUAGACAGAGAAUUGCUGUGCACCUUCAAAACAACUGCGUAUUGCUCUCUGAAAUUGGACGCAACGAUUGAAAAUCCCAUUCGCAUGUUUAACAUUGAAGUGGAAGUCACGGAUAUUAAUGAUAACGCUCCUCAUUUUCGAAGAGGGACCAUGCAUUUGGACAUUUCCGAAUCCAGCCCGGUUGGAGAGAGGUUCUCCCUGAAUAAUGCAGUGGACCCCGAUGUUGGGGCCAAUUCUGUGCAAAAUUACCACCUGAGCUCGAGCCAACAUUUUAAUAUCGAAAUUCAGACUGGGAGAGACGGCACCAAAUUUGCAGAUUUAAUUCUUACAAAGGUGCUGGACAGAGAGCAGCAGGCUGUUCAUCAUCUUAUCCUCACUGCAGUGGAUGGUGGCGUUCCCACACGCACGGGCACGGCCAGCAUCAUUGUUCGAGUCCUGGACGUCAAUGACAACGUCCCUUUAUUUGACAAAGACAAAUACUUUGUAGAAGUGAUGGAGAACUCCCCUAUUGGCAGUCUGGUGAUUCAAUUAAAUGCCACUGAUUUAGAUGAAGGCUCCAAUUCGGAUGUGCUCUAUUCUUAUAGUUUAUACACGUCAGAAAGAACACAGCAUGUGUUUACUUUAAAUCAAGAAAAUGGAGAAAUCAGAGUGAAGGAGAUGAUUAAUUAUGAAGAUUUGAAAUAUUAUGAAAUGGAAGUUAUCGCAAGCGAUAAGGGGCUCAACCCGUUAUCUGGCCAAUGUAAGGUGACGAUACAGGUGACAGAUAUGAAUGACAACCACCCAGAAAUUUCCAUCAAGUCCUUUCAAAGCCCGAUUAAAGAAAACAUACCUGUAGACACUGUGAUAGCAGUUGUGAGUGUGAGUGAUAAGGACUCCGGCAAUAAUGGAGUGGUGGAUCUUCACAUUCCAAAUAACAUGCCAUUUAAAUUGAGGGAGUCGCCCGAUAGCUUAUAUAAAUUAGUUGUUUCGGAGCCAUUAGACCGUGAGAAGGUUCCAGAAUAUGACAUCACCUUCACCGUCACCGACAGGGGCUCCCCUCCUUUAAGUGACAAUGAAACCAUGACUUUGCAUCUGCUGGAUGUAAAUGAUAAUGCGCCACACUUCCCUCAGUCCUUUUAUACCAUACGUGUGAUGGAGAAUAACGCCCCUGGCGCCUUGCUCAGCUCCCUCAGUGCCUUUGACCCCGACCUCCAUGAGAACCAGUACCUAGUGUACUUCAUCUUGGAGAAGGAGAUAGCCAACACCUCCAUGUCCAUGCUCUUCUCCAUCAAUCCAGAGAACGGCAACCUUUACGCACUCAAGACUUUUGACUAUGAGAUGGAGAAGGACUUCCUCUUCCACAUCGAGGCCAGAGACUCUGGUUCUCCUCCGCUCAGCAGCAACGUGACCGUCCACAUCAUCAUCGUGGAUCAGAAUGACAACACCCCGGUUAUCGUCUCUCCGUGGCGAGCGCACGGCUCCGUAGUGGAGGAGAAGAUCCCCAGAUCCACAGAUAAAGGCUCCCUGGUGGCCAAGGUGAUAGCCUUGGACGUGGAUUCCGUGCACAACUCUCGCGUCACCUACCAGUUCCUGCAGGUGACCGACGCCUCUUUGUUCAGUCUGGACCAGUACAACGGGGAGAUCCGCACCAUGAGGAUGUUCAGCUACAAAGAUUCUCGUCACCAGAGACUGGUGGUUGUUGCCAAGGACAACGGGGAGCCCGCUCUCUCCGCUACGGUCACCAUCAAGCUGUCCACGGUGGAAACGGCCGUGAAGGCUUACUCGGACAUGACCGAGGUACCGCUGGAAUACGACAUCUUCUCGGACCUCAACCUGUAUUUGGUCAUCGGUCUAGGCUCGGUGUCCUUCCUGCUGCUCAUCACCAUCCUGGUCACCAUCGUGCUCAAGUGCCAGAAGGUCAAGCCCAGCAAAGCGGCUCCUCCCUGCAGGAACAGCGUGAUCAGCGAGAGGAACUCCACCAUCGCAGAUUCCACUCUGGUGUCCAACGACGCCUACUGGUACAGUCUGUUCCUAGCAGAGACCAGGAAAGGAAAACUGGUGGUCAGGCAGCCCAUGCCGAAGGGCUCAAGGUACAUUGUGUCCAGUAUUCCCAGGAGCACAGGCAUGUCUGAAACUAGUGGCUCGGCCCCUUCCACCUUGCAGUACCCUAAAUGAGGGAAGGCCACCCUGCAACUUGGAGGCAUCCACAACCAGGAGCACUCGAUCCACAUGAAGGCCAGAACUCCCCACCUGCAUAUCCGACAAAUCGAGAUGGGAGUACCUAAGAGGAAAAGAGAGAACCCUGAAUUGACAUCACGCUCAUACCCGUCAUGCUCAGCCCGGAUCCUCAUACUUGACACCCACUGAAUGCUGCCGCGUCAAUGAGGAAACAACUCCCACUCCUUGUAAUCCCCUCCAUCUGUACUCUUUAAGCACAUGAAAAGCCAAUUUAAGCCUUUUUGAUAAACUCUUCAAUGUGUACGGUAUGACCGCGUGGCUUCAAAUACGCUUCAUCUCUAAAAAUAUGUCACAAGAAAUGUGAUUUGCCAAGAAAUGUGUGAAUAGUCCAAAAAGCCCCAAAAAAAGGGACAAUAUGAGUGUGCAAUGAAAAGUGGAAAUGCCAAAAGGAGACUCUUGCUUUGUCGAAAUGAUCGCCCAUCAUGUGUACAGUAUUUAAAAUUUUUCUCCAUUUUGUCUUUUGCAUUUUCUGUAUUAAUGGCAAUGGAAACGGCACAGUAUAUCCAAUGUUUAACACAAAAAAAACCAUGCGGUUUGUAGGAAUUAAAUCUGAAUUUUAUAAAUAGUAAUUUCAGGUUUUGUAAAUGAUGUUGUGAGCAAAGGCGACUGAUGAAUGAGUGUGCAGAAUGAUUCAGGUGACUUAAUCAACCUAUUGUCGUGAGGAUUUAAGGAUACUCUGGGCAAGAACUAAUGCACUAGCACAUUGAUUACAAUUAGCGGUGCUCAAGAUAUUCGUGGUUAAACUGACCCCCUUCUUGCUUAUCGUCAAAACUGGUUGGAAAUGAUGGCAACUUAUAGCGGAUUGAAGUGUCUUCUGCCCUUGUACAUUCUAAGGGUUAAAAAUUGGCCACUGUAACUGUAAUGUGGUAUCAACUCUUACUGCAAAACGAUCUCCUGUAACGCACUUGACUUGUUAGGUUAACAAAUGCGGGAGAGUGAUGCCUUUUGUCAGUGUUCACCUGCUUUCACUUUUUUUUGUGUUGCAUGGAAUAUCGGUCAUAGAUUUUUAGGGCGUGUACAACUCAUUUUCUGUGUCAUCAACAAUUGUGCUCUCAGAACAAAAUAGAAGUGGGGCAAAAAGAAGAGGAACAGGACAGUUGUGUACAGUGUUUUCCUUUUGAUCACGGUUCUGAAUAUGAAUUACUCAACCAUAGACGAUAAGACUCUCCUUGUAGAUACACUGUAUGUCAUAUUGUUUACUUUUGUCAUUUAAGAAGACAAAUUGUGGAUGUCGCCGACCAUCAGCACUGUUUGACGUAGUGUAACACGAUACAAUAUAUACAAAAUAUUUACAGUACUGCAAUUGUGUAUUUGUCACACAAAUGAAAGCUGUGCUCGAGUGUAUUACUGACAACUCGACCUGCGAUACAAUACGGAAAGUCUUUACAGAGAACCAUAGGUACCACAUUUAUUUUUAUUAUUUUAUUAUUAAAAGGCCUUUUCCCACUUCUGGACUGAAGAUAACCGCAUCAAAUCAGGAGUGCAAACAAUUAUUAGAAAUGCAAUUUCAAUAAUGCUGUCGUCCUCAUCAUUGCAGUGCUAAUCACAUCAACUACAGUAAAUAUUAAAUUGAUAUUGUGCAGUCAAACACUAGCACAGCUUACAUGUAUAAAGGUGUAAUGUUUUACAGGCAAAUACAUCAAGUAAGUGCAUUUGUACAGUGGUGCUUUGACUGUGAGAUACAAUAGUUGUGUGUUUGUAAUGUGAUCAUAUCUUAUGGCAGACAAAAUAAAAACAUGGAAACUAAUUAAA